AUGCCGAAAACCCCACGUAAGCCAAGAGCUCACACUGGAUACACUGCUCGACAUAUCGGCCGUCCUGCGAAACGGAAAUCUAAAAGUCGAUUUCUUGAUCGUUUCCACUCCCCAACUUGCGAAGCACUAUGUUCGAACGUAGGGUAUGCUCCGGAGGUAGUCAUGUCCGAUAUCACGGACCUCGAGCUUCUAAGUGUUAGCUGGCAGAAGUGUUCCGUACAGGAUGUAUUGGUCGCAUUCCGGAAACUUGUCGACUCAUCAUUUGUAAAUGAAUGUGUCGUUUGCGACAUGUUAUUUUCACGACCUCUCAAGUUCUGCGGGUAUACACUAAUUUGUGAAGAUUGCCUGAGUCGCCUUCCCCGUGAGGGUGUCCAAGCCAACAUUGAUUCCAUUCAUCAUCACGCAUGUCCUAUCUGUCGCGGGACUAUCAGGUUCAUGCCAUUGAAGUCGGACGCUUUACAGCGCACGGUCGGCGAGCUACUCGGUCUUUCAACCCCUCGUCCGGAAGAUAUGGAGAUCGAUGACCUUCGUGCCACUCGACCAAUUUAUGACCAUUUAUCAUAG